AUUCAUUGGGUGUGUUUCGCAAACAACCCAAAAUAACUGACGUCCUGUUGAGUAGAGCCCGUGACAUGUAUAGCGAAAGUUGUUUAGCUCAAUGAGAUCUAAAUGUGUACAUUUACACUAGUUCUUUGUUUCUGCCGCCAGCUCCUAGCACGUGACCGAGCAACAAUGAGGACUAAAGAGGAUGUACCGAGUGACCGUUGGCAUUCAGUGGGAAUCAUUUUCUUUAUCCUUGGACUGGGAACACUGCUGCCAUGGAAUUUUUUCAUGACUGCCUCCAUGUACUUCAACAACAGACUGAACACGUCGGAAUGGAGCAACGGCACACUCACGGCCACGAAGGAGUACUAUUUCAACAACUGGAUGACUUUGCUGUCCCAGUUGCCCCUGCUGCUCUUUACCCUGCUCAACUCCAUCCUCUACCCAAGGAUCUCAGAGAAGGUGCGGAUCGCAGGAAGCCUGGUCUUCAUCCUCAUCCUCUUCAUCCUCACCACCAUCCUGGUGAAGGUUCCAAUGAAGCAGGACACCUUCUUCUCCGUCACCAUGGCAACCAUCUGGUUCAUAAAUUCGUUCGGCGCCGUGCUGCAGGGCAGCCUGUUCGGCUUAGUAGGCUUGCUGCCUCAGAAAUACAGCUCGGUCUUCAUGAGUGGACAAGGCCUGGCCGGGACGUUCGCCGCUCUCGCCAUGCUGUUCGCCAUCGCAAGCGAGACCAACGAAGAGACUGCAGCUCUUGGGUAUUUCAUCACUCCAUGCGUAGGGACGCUGGUCACGCUGAUCAGCUACUUGCUGCUGCCCAAACUGGAGUUUGCCAGAUUUUACCUCAAGAAGAGUACAGGCCAAAGCAACGAGCCUCAUGCUUCUAGCGAGCUUCUUCCUAAAGAAGCCGUGCAGGAGAAUGGGGACCUAAACAGUCAGGCCACUGAUUCGGUGCCCAAUGGAACUCCCAGCAGUCUAGAGACUGAUGGUGCCAAGCAAGCGUUCGUUGCCCUCGGCGCCGUCCAUGACGAGCAAGCAAAGAGCUCUGUGCUGGAAGUGUUAAAAAAGAUUUCGGUCAUGGCGUUCUGCGUGACAUUCGUGUUCACAGUCACGCUCUCGGUCUUCCCUGCCGUCACGGUGGACGUGAAAACCAUCUACCCAGGAAAAUGGGAAUCUUAUUUUAUUCCUGUGUGCUGUUUCCUGCUCUUUAACGUGAUGGACUGGACUGGGAGAACUGUCACAUCUUUUGUCCAGUGGCCCUCUAAAGAGAGCCGUUUGUUUCCAGCGCUAGUGGUGUCCCGUGUCGUCUUCAUUCCUCUGCUGAUGUUCUGCAACGUUCAGGAACGCCACGUCCUGCCUGUGUUUUUUUCCCACGACGCGGUGUUUGUCGUCAUCAUGAUCCUCUUCUCCGUGUCCAGCGGUUAUUGCGUCUGUCUCUCUAUGUCUUACGCACCACAGUUGGUGGCUCCCAAAGACGGAGAGACAGCAGGAGCGCUGAUGACGUUCUUCCUGGCAUUAGGACUUUCUCUAGGAGCCUCGCUUUCUUUUUUGCUGCGUAUAAUCAUCUAGUCAAAUUAAUCAGCAUCGAGCGAGGUGACCCAGGCCCUGAAACCCACACCUUUCCAUCUGAGGGAACCCUCGGGGGGGUUAAAAAACACGGGCGGGUCACUUUUACCUUUAGCAGAAGGGCUGGAGGAAGCAGAAAACUGAAUAUUUAUUCUUUUUUAAUGUGAAAAUGUAUUUGACAAAAGGGACGUCUUGACAAUAAGAGAACAAAAGGGAUAAACCUUAGUUUUUUUAACUUAAGCAACAAUGGAUGGGAGAAAGAAUGAAUAGGAAUAGGAAUCACCAUUCAUAGGAUAGAUAGAUAGAUAGAUAGAUAGAUAAUGGUAAUAUGGAUAAAUGCUUGGAUUGAGAAGGUUAAAUAAUUGAAAUCAGCAUGAAUAAGAGAAACAAUGGAAAUGGACAAUCAACUUUUCAGGAAAAACAUUAAGACUAUGCAUCAAUUCUCACGGAUUAUAUUAGGAAGAUAAAAAUAACGGGUAAAGUACGAAUAGAAUUUUCCAUGGAUGGAUGGGAAGAAUGGAAAUUGGAGACUAGAGAGAGAGCUGACUGGCCAAGCUCUCUCAGAGGGGUGGUAUAGGAGGUGCUUAGCACUCUCACAUCAGUUACAGCUCUUUGGCCAAUCGGGGCUGUGAGCUCAUGCAAGCGGAAGAAGCGUGAUAGUCUUUGGCCCUUCCCUGCCAAGAAUUGCCAAGGAUGGAAGGAUAAGACAAUUGUCAUGGAAUGAUGGAUGGAUGGAAAAAUUAUUGGGAAUCAUAUGUAUGAUAUAAUGGAACACGAUGGAAGAUGAAUAUGAGAAAAAUGCCUGAUUAGCAUGGAUGACAAUUUAAUCAUUGCUUGAUUUCAAACUUUUGUAUAAUUUUUUUUUUAACAUUUUGACUGCAGGAUGUUUUUCAGAAUGUCUGCUGUGAAUUCUAUGGAGAACUGAUACAUAAGCCAUGAACCAUCCUCACAUUCCCAUUGUUUGAAUGUUGUCACAAAACCAGCAGUGGUUUCUUCACCAGCGGUGUAAAAAAAAAAAAAGCACGCUGAUUAGUGUAUGUUAACUCAUAUACAAGUAGUAGCUCAUGAGAAACUAAUCUCAGAAGCAAUCACUUAUCUCGGACCUCAUUUCAUUUCUGUUUUAAAAAGGGAAAAGUGAUCAUGCUGUCUAUAUGGGGAAAAGGAAGCGAGAAAGGGAAGCAAUGUGUUUGUUAGAGCUGAAGAACGAAACGUGUUCAACCCUGUUUUAACCCUGACUUUCUCACAUUUUUUAUAUAAACCUCUGGCCUCAGAUAUUUAAUCAACGUGUAUUAAAAGCAUUUUCCACAUGCAGAAACAUGCACGAACAUUCUGAGGCAGAAAUUUUUUCAGAUUUCCAAACAAGCGAGAAAAGGACAUGCUUUUACACAAACUUGGAGCUGCGCCUUGGCCCUCGUUCGUUCGGACUCGUUUGAAAUGGAGCGCUAGAGCCAAGGAGGAAUUUUCUCACUUCUCACACGUUUCCAUGGCAACAUGGAGAAGUGCAGAAAGCGCCCUUCUUCGUUGUGCUUGUAAUGUUUGACGAGUAGAUUAAAACAUACAGUAUUGGUCCUUAGUUACCUCUUAUUCAUCCGUUUUUGUGAUGUAUGUUUGUUUGCUUUGUUUUUUUGUUUUGUUUUUAUCAGUCAUGAAUUAAAGAAGCAGAUUAUAUUGUUCAUAGACAUUUCCAAAAAACUCUCCUCUUCGGCUUUAAUUAAAAAUAACAAAAAGUUAAUGUUGAUGUAAGAGAGACAGAGUUAAUUUUACAUCCUGAAAACUGUAGACCUCCAGGACAAGAUUGUGAAAUUAGUAUUUCUUAACACUACAAACUGCACCUGUAAUUUUAUUUUGAUAUUAAUCUCGUAAUUACUUCUACUUUCUAACCUCGUAUGCUUUGAAAGCUAGUGGUUGCGUAACUCCUGUAAUCCUUACACACUUUCACACAUUACUGUUUUUUUGUGCUUCUGUAUUUAAACUUUUUUUUUUACUUUGUUUUAAGAAAAAUUAUUUUAACUUGACUGACAUGAAGCAAACUUGAAACGAUGUGAAAAUGAAAAAUGAUUGAACUGCAGAGAGGAACCUUGUUUUUAAAGACAGAUGUACCCUUUAAGCCAUAUAGCCACACCUACAGUACCUUUAUGCAGAGCCAGUACUUCAUUUAUGACCUGACAAUUCUGCUCUGCCCCCUAGUGGACUGUUAAUGAAAGCAUUCAGCUGAAAUCUUGGACCACAUAAGUUAUAUAUGCAAAUGCUUAUAUAAAAUGCAUUUGACCUUUUUUUCUGUUUAAAUUAUAAUUUCUUUUUUGUUUUUGUUGCAAUUAAAAGCUUUUUUGGUAAAUAAGGUCUUGAUCUUUGUAUGAUGCUGAAGUGUUUUAGUGUGCUGCCCCUGGUGGGUCCUGAUAGCACUGCAGGUGGCCUGCAAGAAGUCAUUUACAAUAAAUAAAACCUUUUUAUUUUC